AUGGAUUAUACCACACGCAUUUUUUCCCACAGUCAAGAUAAUGACUCCACGGAUCUCCGUCCGAUUUUGGUCGAUGCCGACCGCCCGGGCCGCCACAUCUCGCGACAGCAAUACAUUUCCGCGGUCAAGCGCAUAGCUGUCGGUCUCCAGCGUUUCGGCAUAGCUGACCAGGACGGUGUUGGUCUCCUCAGCGAAAAUGACAUUUACUACUAUGUUCUCGGCGACGGCGCCGUUGCCGCCGGCGCAGUGUAUUCUGGCAUCCCGACCUUUGUCAAGCAGGCCGAGCUAGCCACCGCAAUUCGGGCGGCCGGGCUCAAGUGGCUCUUUGUUGCACCCGAAUUCCUGCAUCUCGCUCUGGCGACUGUCAAGAGCCUAGGUUUGCCGCCUAGCAUGGUCAUCAUCUUCGACCCUCCGGGCCUGAACCCUUACCGUGGGGGCACGCAGGCGAGCUUGAGCAGCAUCAUUGACGGCGUGGAUGGAGCUAGCUUUCGCAACGCCAACGAGGGACAUGAUCCGACCACGCGCGAGGCCUUUCGCUUCUUCACGAGCGGAUCGACAGGAUCCGUCAAAGCAGCCAGCAUAAGCCACCGUGCGUCAGCUCUCAGGGUCGACUUCAUGGCUGCCAUGCCGCUGCUAGACAAACCUUUUCUGCUGGUUAUUGGAAUGUUCCACGUGAGCGGCGCCCUGAAUCACAUGCGCGCCUGCUUAGGUGGCGGCUACUCUGUCUACGUGACCAAGGCCAAGGACGCUGCGGCUGUUAUUGACAAGAUUCAUUCGCAAAGUAUCGGCUCUACCAUGAUUACCCCUCGUAUAAUGGAAAGCAUGGCACUCGUGCUCAACUCGACAGAUGGCGCGCGGAAGCCUCUUGACUCGCUAUGGCAGAUUUCAUUUGUAGGGGCACCUUGUCGUCAAGAAACCGUCGAUAUGUUCAGAAAAAUCCUCCCUGACAAAGCCAGAGUGAACACAGGAUAUGGUACAACCGAAGUACCUGCGCUGAGCUCGUGCAUCAUAGAUGACAACUGGGUUACUGGCUGUGUUGGCCAAGUUCCGCCCUCGACGGCCGUCAAAAUCGUGGACUUUGAAACACUGCAAGAGGUUACCCCCGGGGCCGCUGGGGAAGUGUGCGCUCGCAGCGCGGCCGCUUUCAGCGGCUACUACAACAAUGCGGUCGCAACUGAAAAAGCCUUUCUGCCGGGUGAGCCCGGCUGGUUCCGCACAGGCGACAAGGGCGCGAUAGACCCCGAAAGCGGAAUGCUCACGCUGCUGGGACGCUUCAAGGAAAUCUUCAAGGUCCGGUACGAGGAAGUGGCGCCGGCCGAGGUGGAAAGCGUGCUCCUGCAAAACGGUGACAUUACCGACGCUCUGGUGACAUGCACGCCGGCCCGGGAUGACGACAAGGACAGAGAGUGCCUGGCGUACAUUGUACGACGGGACGGCGCGCAGCUGACGGCGCAGCAGGUUGUCGAUUUCGUCGCUUCCAAGCUCGCGGCGCACAAGGUUCCGACCGGCGGGGUCUUGUUCUGCCAUGAGAUUCCACGCGGGACAAUGGGCAAGCCCUUGAAAAGUGAGUUGGACAAGGUCGUGCCUUUGCCUGAGUCGGCGAGAUUCCUGGUCGCCGCCUAA